AUGUCUCGUCCUGUCUGUUCGAAUAGGUGCGAUCGAAACCGGCUCACCGACAUCAACUACAAUCACACCUUGGUCAUUCGUUCAACAAAUUCUCCCAGCUCUUCUGCCCCAUCGAAGGAAGACAAGAAGUCUAUAGAAGAAAAAAAAUAA